CUUCUAGAACCCAUCCAGUCUCGCUGUGCAGUUCUGCGAUACACCAAGCUGACAGAUGCCCAGAUUCUUAUGAGGCUAAUGAAAAUCAUCGCGAAAGAGAACAUACAAUAUACAGAUGAUGGUCUAGAAGCGAUUAUCUUCACAGCCCAGGGAGACAUGAGACAGGCACUAAACAACUUGCAAUCUACCCAUUCCGGAUUUGGUUUCAUCAAUAGCGAGAAUGUAUUUAAGGUGUGUGAUGAGCCCCAUCCUUUGCUAGUGAAGGAGAUGAUCGGCCAUUGUGUCAAUGCGAACGUCGAUGAAGCUUAUAAGAUUCUUGCUCACUUAUGGAAGCUUGGUUACUCACCUGAAGACAUCAUCGGCAACAUUUUCCGAGUUUUGUACAUAUCCUUUAGAAAGAAUUGA